UUCUAUAUCUAAAAACAAACAACCUCAAGGUCAAACCUACUCUUUCAUACUUCAACAAAAAUCAAACUCACCACUUUCUAACCAACCUACUUCCCAUCCUAAACAAAAUCCUUCUUUCGACUAG